AAAUAUAUAACAUACUAGCAAAUAUAUUUACUGCAAAUAUCUUACAAAUUGUACAUUUAAGGGGGCAAGGCAAUUUUUGUUCCGGGAUUGUAAAAUUUGUUACUUUUACACCAGAUGUUUCAUGAAAUUGUAAAAAAAAAAAACUGAUCAUUAAUUUUUUUCCAAGCUUAAUUGGGUUGGUGUUUCCCAUUUACCUUUUGUAAGUGCAUGCCUCACAUAGCAUUAUGUCCUGAAAAAUCUUAAUAGUAGUGAUGUGGGUUAUAUUCAUGUCCCUCCCACCCUAGUCGUGCUAAUGUAAGUGACUGAAUAAAAAACCUCCUGUGAGUGUGGUUUGAUCAGAGAUAGACCUCACUGUCCACAGACAUGAUGCUGGAGCAGGUCGUGCUGUUAGCAGCCGUCACAGUGCUGGGACUGCUGGAGCAAGCGUACUUCUGUCUGAAGGUGAUCCAGGCGAGGAGGAAGCACUCGGUCUCCCCGCCUGCCACCUCCGGACCUCCGGCGUUUGAGAGGAUCUUUCGAGCCCAAGCAAACUCUUCUGAAUAUUUCCCCAUAUUCGUCUUCUCGCUUUGGCUGGCUGGAGUUUUCUUCAGUCAAGCACUGGCCGUGUUGUUCGGGCUGCUGUAUCUUUAUGGACGGUAUCUGUACUUCCACGGCUAUGCAGAGUCUGCUCAGGGCAGACUGGAGCCGCUGUACUUCAGUGCAAAGAUGCUGUGGGUGCUGAUCGCUCUGGCCGGGCUGGGGGUCCUCUGCACCCUCACACAGGCCUAUCUGGGACUGGACCUGCUGCACUCCUUCAGUCAUGUUCUGGGCCUGACCGAACACUCAUGAAAGCUCAAGCGCUGGAGGUCUGCAGGAGGCUGCUUCAGAGGACCUAAAAACACUUGACAACAAAAACGGGUUUUUUUUUCUCCUCUAAAGAAAGAAGGUAUUCAUUUUGUCCAUCAAAUGGAAACAUCUACAAUGUACUCGUGCAAAACAAUCAGUUAUUCAAAUGGUUGCUUCUAGAAACAUUACUGUUAGUUUUCCAAAUGUAAAAAAAAACGUAAUAUUAUUGCGUUUAUUUUUAAAUUAGAAGCUUUUAAUUGAUUUUUGUAUUAGCUAAGUCAUUGCACAUACGCAUAUCCCAGGAGAAUUAUGUCUUGGUUGCCAAUAUUGUUUUCCUCAAAGGAUGCAUUAGAGGCUUUUGAUAGCAUUGAUAACGAAUUUGUUUAUGCAUCAUAAAUACAAUGAAACAAUUAAAAUUUCCCUUUUUGAAUAAUUUCACAAAAAUAACAACUUGACUGUCAAUGAUGCACAAUAAAAAAAAUAUAUACUCCCAA